AUGAAUGGCAAAGCCAUUAUUUAUCUUUAUGUAUUGAAGAUUGUAGCUUCCUUGCUCAAUCACAGUGUUGGUGAAGGUCCAUGUGAUGUGCUCACAAAGUGGUUCAUUGAUGCACCGCAACCAAUGGGAUAUGGCAUAAAGAAAAGGAGAGCAAUGAUUUCGUAUAUGAAUGUUUAA